AUCUUCGCGCAGUACCUUCGCCGCCUGGUUCUACAUGCCUUUCCGGAUGCGCCGAACGUACACAUUAGUCAACGUGUUGGAGCACUAUGGCGUGGUCUCGAGUCCCCCUUGCGCGACCAAUACGCAAACGAGGCAAAACGACUGGCCGACCUGCACGCCGCAGAGUUCCCCGACUACAAGUACCAGCCACGGAAACGCCAGCGCGGCGGCGGUCCUGGAGGUGUGGGCGGUCAGUCCGAUGAGGCUGAGGUGGGCCUGGAGGGGGUUGAUAAGGACGGGGAGAUGAUGUACAGCCAGGUGGGCUCCGCUGGAGGCAGCAGCUGCGGAGAUGGAGGGUUGGGGAGCUCUACUGCAAUUCCAUGCCUCGCCGAGGGUGCCAAUGUUCUCGGUCGCGUUGGCUCUUCCUUCUCCAGAGCCUCCUAUGCGACGCUGACUUGCACUGACAAUUCUGUUGGCUCCGACGAUGACGAGGUCUCCCAGAGUACCAUGAGCCAAACGACCAACUCCUGUAGCCUCCGUCAGACCGCGAAAAGUUCUCUCUCUGCAACGGCCAGUAUUGAAUUGGGCGGCAAUCAUCUGAGCUUUAUGUCCGACUCAUUUGGCCUUGAUCCUCGUCCCAUGGAUGCCGCCUCGUGCUCGCCUCUGUCCUUGCUCUCGGGACCUCCUUCACCCUCCACUUCCUAUUCCGGCUCGGCAUCGGCAUCGGCAUCCGCCUCUGCUUCCGUGUCCGCCUCUCCAUCCUCUUCGAUACGAUCACUUACUGACCAGAUGCUGUACACCAGCCCCUGUCUUCCCGACUAUCUGGUACAGGCGACCACCUCCUUCAGUCUGCUUGAGCCCGCGUCACAACAGUCCGCCCUUCUUGUCCCGACACAACCGCAGACUCUUGUUCGUCUCACUAGUCAUCAACCGGUGCCUCACUUUUCAAGUCACGGCGUCGUCAGGCAGCACGCAGCGUCUGUUGGCCAGUUGGUCUUCACUCCUGCGCCCCCGAGACGCCGACUCAGCGUGACUCGUGCUGGAAACAGAAGACGUCAUUUGGCCAAGAUGUCCACUUCUCUGGGCACCGGGCAGGCCCAUUUCGGAAGGCAUUUUGAUCGCGGCAUCCUAGAGGCCUCUUCACACCUGCGCAACUCGUUGGUGCCAGAUUCGACUAUGCAGACAAGCCAAUAUGGCUUUCAGGGCCCCUAUGGCAUCAUAAAGCCCCAGGAUUCCACAGUCCUCGAGGAUCUGGCUGCGAAUGACGAGGCUAGAGAGGAACUGGACGGAGACGAGGAGGAAGAGGAUGAGGGGGUGGCAGAUCAAGACUUUGACGGCGGCUACGUAUCUCCACAGUCGUCGUCCGACAUUUACGGUGUCCGCCGUCUCGGCUCUUGUAUCUUCUCGCGGCAAGCCGACGCCACACUGACUGCCCUAGUCUCAGAUGACACCGAGGCCUCAGCCAUGGAUGCUGUUGUCACGUCAGAGGCGGAUGGAGAAGAUAGCGCUGUAUGCGAUGCACCUGACGACGUGUCUGUCAUUUCACUCAACUGUGAUAACACCGGCUCAAUGAGAUCUGGGCGACAGGUGAAGUCCGGCCUCUCUUGUCAUUCGCCCACCCCGACCCGGCUCAUCUUAGUGCCCAGACAGCGAUCUCACUCUGGUCUCGCUGGGCACCAUCCCUACGCCUCCCCACGCCACUUUUCCGGUCUCUCAGCUUCCUGUGCCACUCCACUCUUUGGUCACCCCCAGGCCGGGUUGCAUCAUAAUAAUUCCACCAGGGCUUAUUUGCAGUCGGGCGAAAGCGUGCGUCGAGGUGGCAUUCUGCUUCCAGCUGGUGUGGCUGUUGGUAAGACUUCCCCACAUCUUCGUCGACCAUUGGAGUUUGUCGGCUCACCCGUCUCCGCCAACGGGCUGAGUCAUUACUCGUCUGAUCUGAAUCAACCGAUUAUUGUACUAACGACUGGGCUCACUCCAACCUCAUCUCCCCAUCCGUCCGACUUGAGGCAGCACCACUCACAAAAGCAUCACCAUCAUCAUCAGCAGCAGCAAAGACAGGAUCUGGACCCGCUCAUGAACUCCGACCCCGUAGUCUAUGGUUACACUGGAGAUCCGGACGCCGCCUUGUCGGCUGCCAUGCCAAUGUCGGACGAGGCUAGCGACGCUGACUACUUUCCUACCUACUUCUUGAGCACACCAAUCGACAGUCGUGUUGGUAUCGCGGCUUUCCAGGCCGCAAGUCCUCUGUUGAUAAAUGCGCAUUCUUCGGGCGAUGCCGAGUCGGCAUUCACACCCACCGGCUCCUCGCUGUCACCCGACUCUGUGGAUCAUGGCUUCGCCGGCCCCGGGCCAGGCUGUGAAACUGCCUCAGGUGUUACAGGGGCGCAAAGUGGUGAACUUUACUAUCUGGCCGAGGAACCCACUCAUUUGUCGCCUCUGCAUCCGUUGGAGUUGUGUUCUACGGGCCAGGACGAAGGGGACCCCCUCUGCGGCGGUGAGAUGAGCAUGUUCCCGCGGCUCCGCGAGGAGGAUCCUUCGCUGGUACUGUCGCGUUCUGAGCCCACCUUCGACUCGUGCGGUGCCUCCCAUGAGAUUCCUGUUCUGCGCCUGCCGGCCUCCUACGACAGCGAUCGAGUACCGCAUCUCCUACCCUCUCCGGUGGCUGGGGUCGUAACAAUCGUCACCUCGGCCACGUCAUGCCUUGCCAAACAGCCACCGCUUCUUUCUCGGCUCUCCAACCUGUCUCGUGUGGCCCCGGAUCAAGUUGCUGCUAUCUCCGGGAUCGAGAAGCCAAGUUCUUUGCCCAGGGGCACUGCUGUCGCCGGAGUUGCCAAUGUCAACGCGACCAGCGGUGGAGGGCUAUCGCUUUGUAUAUUGGGCGAUUCGCUCACAGCCUUCGACGAUAUAGUCACUACAGAGACAAGUCCGUGUCUGGACGACUUGAAUGGUGCGGAACUAUUCAACGCUGCCAGCCUGGACGUUGAGGAGACGACCUACGAGCUGCCGACCGGCCGGGGCGCGGCUGUCUGCGUUCGCUCAGAGCCAGAGCCUAUGCGCUCAGUGACACCCAAACGUGCGUUGAAACCGGCCGACCGCCUAGAAGACACCGGGGCACAGCGUCUGAGACGUCUCAGGUCGCGAGACUCCACUUCCACUCCUGCGGUGGAAGGUUCCGGGACUACCGGGCGGCGAGGUAGAAUGAAGAAGGACGAGGGCGAGGCUGUUGAGGAACAAGAAAGGGUUGUGAUAAAGGAGGAAACCGUCGUUCACCUCGAGGACGCCCGACUGCCUGCACUCAGCUCGUGGAUGUUUUCUCGCAGUUCCAGUUGUGAGAGGCGCCGCUGCGCCGUCUUGUUGACGGGCCCCUUUGGGUUUCAUAAUAUUCUACUUUCUGUCCCCAACUUGCCGUUCUCCAUCUUGGCUGGAUCCCUGGGCCUCGACGGUGUUUAG